CGGAUGGAGCAGCGGGGGGAGGCGGCUCCAGCUGCCGCUCCAGCGCCCGCCGCCAUUUAGACAUCCCGCCGCAGCGGCCAGAGCCGGGACAGGCUGUACGGGAGGGCUCGGGUCGUCACGGCCGUCGCCAUGAGCCGCCUGCCGCAGCUGCUGCUGCUCGCCCUGCUCGUCUUCCCCGCCACGCUGCUGCUCGGGGGCGCCCGCGGCGGCCCAGGCUCAGGUUUGUUAGUUGCAGCUCAAGAUGCUACAGAAGAUGAGGAAGCUGUGGAAGAUACUAUAGUUGAAGAUGAAGAUGAUGAAGCUGAAGUGGAAGAAGAUGAGCCAACAGACUUGACAGAAGAAAAAGAGGAAGAAGACUUAUCAGGAGAACCAAAAGCCUCACCUAGUGCUGAUACAACCAUCUUAUUUGUGAAGGGUGAAGACUUUCCAGCUAACAACAUUGUAAAAUUUUUGGUGGGCUUCACCAAUAAGGGUACAGAGGAUUUCAUUGUUGAGUCUCUUGAUGCUUCUUUCCGAUACCCUCAAGACUACCAGUUUUACAUCCAGAACUUCACAGCUCUCUCUCUGAACACAGUAGUUCCACCACAGAGACAGGCCACAUUUGAAUACUCCUUCAUCCCUGCUGAGCCUAUGGGUGGUCGUCCUUUUGGUCUGGUUAUCAAUCUCAACUACAGAGAUGCAAAUGGCAACGUUUUUCAAGAUGCUGUCUUCAAUCAAACUGUUACAAUUAUUGAAAAAGAAGAUGGGCUGGAUGGAGAAACGAUCUUCAUGUACAUGUUCCUCGCUGGACUUGGUCUGCUGGUCAUUGUUGGCCUACACCAGUUACUAGAGUCUAGGAAGAGGAAAAGACCGGUACAAAAAGUAGAGAUGGGAACAUCAAAUCAGAACGAUGUUGAUAUGAGCUGGAUUCCCCAAGAAACUUUGAAUCAAAUAAAUAAAGCUUCACCGAGGAGGUUGCCCUACAAGAGGGCACAGAAGAGACCAGUGGGCUCUGAUGAGUCCCUGGGCCACUUGGAUGCAAGUUUCCCAUCAGUCUCACGAGAGGAGAGGCGAUUCAGAAAGCACCACCGCAGCAGGACUUAGAUGUGGAAGAUGUGGAUGCUUCAGCUUCACUGCAAUUCCCUGGCCUCCAGAGCUGGAUACACAACUCACGUGAUUCUUUGGCUCCCCGUCCUGUGAAAAGGGUUUUAUUUAUAGGAAGGCAUAUAAAAUGCAGCUAGCUAAAGCAGCUCUGACAAUCUAAAACAAAGGAUUUGUCUCUUUUUUUGACACAUGUGCAUGGCUUUUGAAUACAUCCUGCCGAGUUUGCUGCCAUAAACAUUUAUGCGAGAAGAAAACUAUGGAAGCAGAAACCUACUUAAUUUAUAAAAGAGGUGACUGGUACACUAUAUGCUGGGAGGAUGCUCACCUAUGUGACCACAGGGCUACCAUUAAUUAAAAAAGAGAAUCCUGACCCUGUCUAUUCAGGAAAAUCAGCACUUUUCUGCUGUCUUCAGUUGCUGCGUUGAGGAGCUGCACUGGGAGACAAGCAGUGUUUCAAAGGGGCCUGGCUAGCAGAAAACGCUGGUCAAAAUGAACAUGAGUUUUCAGAGUGCUGCAGUCAAUCUCCAGCUCAAACCCAGAUCAACUGAAGGAAGAGAAAGAGUGAUCCAUUGGCACAGAUAAACUCCAGCUUGCACAUCGUCCUCCAGCAGAGCCAAAUCUAAGAACAAGUCACCACAAACCCACAAGAAGAGCCAUGCCCAUUUAGUAACCUAUAAUUUUUAAAUAUAACAUUUUAUUGCUUAGAUGGUUUGAUACAGAACAAGUUUUACUUUUUAUUUUGAAUUUGGAAGUACUGUACAACUGAAAAAAAAGAGGAAUAAAAGUACCAAAACAAUGUGUGAUUCUCUGUUCAUGUGGCAUAAACCAGUCUUGUACACAAUUCGUAGCAGCAGUUUAAGUUCCCUUUAGAAAAAUAUGAAUUCUACACAUUACUGUUUCCUGCAUGGGAUGAAAUCACUAGGAUUAAACUUCCUUCGUGGAGAGAGAAGAGAAAGGAGACACGCAGAGAGGAAAGAGAAGAUGAAUCAUUCUGAAAAUGGAAUCAGACUGUCACAUAGCCCCCUAAAGUUAUUUCACAACAGCCUCAAACAAGGUUCUCUCUUUUUUUUUUCUUUUUCCUUUAUUUUAUUUUGCGCUUUCACAGUCAAGUGCUUAAUGUAGUGAUUGAAUUAUCUCCAUGUUAAGUCCAUUGCAACUCAGGCAAAAGAAUUUUAGAAGAUUUUUUUUGUUUUCUUUUUGUUUUCUUUUUGUUUUUUUGUUUUUUGUAAAAGCCCUGAGAGAGGAAAAAAAAUAAAAAGAUUCAAACGAAAAUCGUAUAGAGACAAAUUAGCUGAACAUGCAAACUAAAGCCUAAGAUUCACCCAUAGUUUAAACACAUUAUAAAUUUCACAGUUUAAUAUUGGGGGAGGAAGGGAAACAAAAAAAACCCCAACAACAGCAACAGUUCUCAGUCAAACUCAACUAAUAAAAAUGUCAAUAAAAUGUGGCAAGACCUUAUACUCUACUAGGAUAUAGAUAAAGGCUAAAUAAAGCUUUAAAUCAAUAGUGAUUAUUGCUAGCAGAUGUCCCGGCAGGCUGCUGGGAAUUAAUUACUUGCUACAUUGUUCUGCAGCAUAUAGUUUAGUAAUGGCUUCUCCCCCACAGUAUUGCGCAGUUUAGUGUGGAGAGUUGCAAAAAAAAAACAAAAACAAAAACAAAACAAAACAAAACAACAACCCCAAAAUAAACAAACAAAAAAAUUACAAAAACCAAAAAAUACCCAAAAUAAUAAUAAUAAUAAUUAUUAUUAUAAUUAUAAUAGUAAUAACAAUUUAAGGGAUGCGUGAACUGGUUUUAAUUAAGUAGAAUGCACCUGGGUAGAGUUUCAAAUGAAUCAUUGGUUGUGAUUGAUUUAUCUAUAUCUGGCAUUAGCUUCGUUUCUGAACUGGUUCAAACAUCCCUAUUUAAAAAUUAAAAAAAACCCAACAAAACACAAAAAAAUAGAAAUCACAUAUACCUCAACCAUUUUUUCUUAUUCUAUUUGCAAGAAUAUUACUCAAGAACGUUUCUCUUCCUUUGAAUUCUGGACAGUGAGAUUUCAGUCUCCAGAAAUUUUUCCGAGAAUUUUUAAUAUAUAGAUAUAUAUAGAUAUAUAUUAUAUAAUAUAGACUGGGUCCGAGGCCCACUUCCUCCAUGUCUGGUGAGAGCAGGAAAAGCGAUUCUGCGGUGGGAAGAAGGGAGGGUCACAGUGCGGGCUGGGCUGGGGGGCUGCAGUGGUGGAACAGCACAGUGAGGCUCCGGCAAUGCUAUUAUGGCUCUGUCUGUCCCAGAGGUCAUGACUGAAGGACAAUUAACAAACAACAAUAACGACAACGAGGACAAGGACAACAAAAAUGCUGGGCACUCCUAAAAAUGCGCAGCUACAGUAGGAUACAUUUCGUUUAACCCCUUCAAUACUGGUGGCUGGAGCAUCACCUGUUGCCGGCAACAGGAGCCAUACGGAGAAAUUCCAGCUGCCAGCAUUAAAGGGGUUAAAUUACUGAUAUGAAAUUUAGACACACACCUCAAGUCUUCAAGCAUCAACCCCAAAAUCUCAGGAAGAAUUUAUUUUUUUUUUUUUUUUGUUUUCUUUUUUUUUUUUUAAAUUUAUUUUAUUUAUUUUUAACAUGUCGUAUAUCUGUAGUUUUAUUACCAGUAGUAUUUUCUUGCUCUUAGAACACGACAGAAGCAAGAGGAGGGUAAGGCUCGCAUUUCUCUCUUGCUUUCCACUGGAAGACGGAAUAACUUUGCUCUGUGAGUGAGGCAGGCUGUCACCGACGUGACGGCAGCGAGGUCACUGCGGCACUCGCGGUGCCUCUCUCACGCAGCCGGGGCCACGCGCUGUCGCCCACAGCCACGUGCCCCCGCACGGGGACGAUACCUCGCUGGCCUCCGCGGGACGCUCCGGUCGGAGGAAGGGGUUCAUGUAAAGUACAGUAGAAGAGCUGCAACAACAGGAGGAGGAGCUGGUGAAAGCGACGAGUCAAGAACACUCCGAGACGGGAUCCAAGCUGCUCUACGCAUCUCCGUGGGCAAAUAUUGCCCAUUGGCUUCUGCUGACUGCAGAGACAAGCGAACUGAUGGAUUUAUAAAAUAAUAAUAAAAUAAUAAUAAUAAUAAUAAUAUACUGAAGCAAAUCAAACAUAUGUAACAGCGGGUGCAUUAAUUCCCAUAGGUUACGUUGCUAUGUAACUCUUCUCUGUAUACACGCUCAGUCCGUGACGGCCAGAAAAAACCCCUAGGAUUCAGAAGACCACUUCUAAUGCUGAAAAGUGGAAACAAGCAUGAGGUUGAAAUUCAUUUGUGUUUCCUGCUUUUGGCUUGAACCACUUUGAACACCUUCAACUGCCACGUUGUUCAGGCCUGGAACAGGUUUAAUGCUCCACCAUGUGGCAAAUGCAAGAACAUCUACUGAGAAAAAAAAAACAAUAAAUCAAUGUCUCCUCUGCAUCUCCUCUGACUAUUCCAUAUGAAAUUCACAUCAUUUUUCUUCCA